AUGCUCAGGAAAGAAUUAUAAUUAUUUAUAUCUGUAGGUGGAAUAUAUUUCUGCUAUUUUAACGUAGGACUUAUUGAAGAACACUUGUAAUUUAUAAUUUAAUUAUCAAGAUUUAAGAGUAAUUUUGGUUCAUUAGAUAGUAAUCCAUCUCCUAAAUUUGAGUUUUCAUCAAUUUUAAUAUUUCUAUAAAUGCUAUUAUAAAAUUUAUUAUGUAUGGCAAUGAUUUUUAGAAAUAAAAUAAAGUUUGUAUGUACAAUAAAAGAAGGAGCAUAUUUAGGAUUGAUAAAUUUUACAUCAAUGAUAGGAACAUUAACAGCCUUAUAAUAUGUGAGUUUUCCAUUUUAAGCUUUGGUGAAAAGUUGCACGUAAGUAUUUAUGAAAAAUUUAUUGAAUCCUCUCUGUGUUAGUAGUUGGAUUAUUAUUUGGAAAUCAAACACUUACAAAAUAACAAACACUAUGUGGUUUAAUAAUUUCAGUAGGAAUCUAUGCCUUUAAUAUGAGUGA